AUGCACCAAGCUAAAACCCUUCCCUGCUUUGUCAUGCACCAAAAUCAUAUACAUAGCAUUUGGUUGCUUAAUGCAUUGAUUCUAUUCCUCAUCUUCUCAUUUUGCACAUGUUCUGACACCAUAUCUACUGGCAAAGCCUUAAGAGAUGGGGAGCUUCUUGUUUCUGAAGAUAAAACAUUUGCUCUUGGAUUCUUCAGUUCAGGAAAGUCCACAUCCCGCUAUGUGGGAAUAUGGUACAAUAAUUUGCCAGAAAAAACUAUUGUUUGGGUUGCAAACAGAGAUAAUCCCAUCAAUGACACUUCUGGGGUGCUCUCCAUCAACCCUGAUGGAAACCUAGUCCUCCACCACAACUAUAGCACUGUUCCCAUUUGGUCUACCAAUGUUUCACUCCCCCAACCAAACAGCACCAAUGUUAUAGCUCAACUUUCAGACAUAGCAAACCUUGUUCUGAUUGUGAACAACAACAAUACUGUCAUAUGGCAAAGCUUUGAUCAUCCCACAGACACAUUGCUUCCAUAUCUAAGACUUGGUUUUGACAGAAGAACCAACCAGAGUUGGUUCCUCCAAUCUUGGAUAACAGAUGAUGACCCAGGAAUAGGUUCUUACACAUUGAAAUUCAGCACUAGUGGGAAACCACAAUUGUUCUUGUACAAUCAGAACCUUCCCUGGUGGCGAGGUGGAUCAUGGAAUGGUGAACUAUUGAUGGGUAUACCCAACAUGAAACGAGAUAUGUUAACUUUUAACGUUUCUUUCGUGGAAGAUGAAAACCAAGUAGCACUCUCAUAUAACAUGUUUGAUAGGUCCAUGAUCACUAGGAUAGUAGUUCAGCAAUCAGGUUUCUUUCAAACAUUCACUUGGGAUAACCAAAAGGGUCAAUGGAAUAGGUACUGGUCUGAACCAACAAAUCAAUGUGAUAACUAUGGAACCUGUGGAUCAAAUAGUAACUGUGACCCUUUGAACUUUGAGGACUUUCGAUGUGCUUGUCUUCCUGGGUUUGAACCCAAAUUCCCACAUGAUUGGUAUGAGAAUAGAGAUGAGUCAGGAGGGUGUGUGAGGAAGCGAGGUGUAUCCAUUUGUGGGAAUGGAGAAGGGUUUGUGAAAGUUGAGGGUGUGAAGAUUCCUGAUACCUCAGUGGCAAAUGCCAAAGGGGGUUUGAGUUUGGAAGAAUGUGAGAAUGAAUGCUUCAGAAACUGUUCUUGCACUGCCUAUGCAGUUGCUGAUGUGAGGAAUGGUGGAAGUGGGUGCUUGGCAUGGCAUGGGAAUUUAGUAGACGUGCAAAAACUAAGUGAUCAAGGCCAAGAUUUAUUUGUGCGUGUUGAUGCAGUUGAAUUAGCCAAUUACUACAAAAAGACAAAAGUACUUGGUAAAAAGAGGAUGGUUGGAAUUCUGGUAGCUUCUUCUGUACUUGCCGGUGUCAUUCUCUUCUCCUGUGUGUAUUACCUAUGGAAGAGAAAAGGCAAAGGUGAAAUGAUGCAACAUUUAAACCAAGAAUCUGCACGAGAAGGGAACGAUGUUCAAAGCAACUCACAUCCAAAUCUUCCCUUUUUUAGCUUUAAAUUGAUAAUGGCAUCCACAAGAAAUUUUUCUGAUGAGAAUAAGCUUGGACAAGGAGGAUUUGGCUCUGUCUAUAAGGGUUGCCUAGUCAAUGGACAAGAGAUAGCGGUGAAAAGAUUGUCCAAACAUUCAGGGCAAGGGACAAAAGAGUUUAAAAAUGAAGUUACACUGCUAGUUAAACUCCAACACAGAAAUCUGGUGAAGUUGCUCGGUUGUUGCUUUGAAAAAGAAGAAAGGAUGCUAGUUUAUGAAUACCUACCAAAUAAAAGCUUGGACUUCUUUAUAUUUGAUAAAAAUCAAAGGUCAUUACUGGUUUGGAAUAAGCGCUUUGAAAUCAUUUUGGGGAUUGCUCGUGGUGUUCUAUAUCUUCAUCAAGACUCAAGGCUAAAAAUAAUCCACAGAGAUCUAAAACCCAGUAACGUUCUGCUUGAUGCUGCAAUGAAUCCUAAAAUCUCAGAUUUUGGUAUGGCUAGAAUAUUUGGAGAAGAUCAAAUCCAAGCAAGGACGAAAAGAGUGGUUGGAACAUAUUUUGGUGUCUUAUUAUUGGAGAUUAUCGCUGGCAAGAGGAACACAGAUUGUGAAAUAGGAAGAUCCUCUCCAAAUUUAAUUGGAUAUGUGUGGACACUUUGGACAGAGGGAAAGGCCUUGGAUAUGGUUGAUACAACAUUGGAUCAGUCUUAUCCCCCUAAUCUUGUUUUGAGGUGCAUUCAAAUUGGACUCUUGUGUGUGCAAGAAAAUGCCACUAAUAGACCCUCCAUGUUAGAUGUUGUUUUCAUGUUAAGUAAUGAAACACCUCUUUGCCUACCCCAAAAACCAGCAUUUUUAUUCAAUGGGAACCAAGGUUUGAAAGAGUCAUCAACAUCGGGAGGAGGAUCCUCAAUAAAUGAACAUGCAACAGGGGCAUCAAAGAGUAACUCUAUGCAAUCACCUGAGAAUCUUCCCUGCGUUCACAUGCGCCAAAAUCAUAAACACAACAUUAGGGACCUUUAUUCUUUGAUUAUACUUCUCAGCUUCUCAUUUUGCUCUUGUUCUGAUACCAUAUCUACCGAUAAAGCCAUCAAAGAUGGUGAGCUCCUUAUUUCUAAAGCUAACAAAUUUGCUCUUGGAUUCUUCAGUCCAAGCAAGUCCACAUCCCGCUAUGUGGGAAUAUGGUACAACAAUUUGCCAAUCCAAACUGUUGUUUGGGUUGCAAACAGAGACAAUCCUAUCAAUGACACUUCUGGGGUUCUCUCAAUCAACCCACAUGGAAAUCUAGUCCUUCACCAUAACCACAGUACCAUUCCCAUUUGGUCUACCAAUGUUUCACUCCCCCAAUCAAACAACACCAACGUUAUAGCUCAACUCUUAGACACAGCAAACCUUGUUCUAAUUCUAAACGACACCAAAACUGUCAUAUGGCAAGGCUUUGAUCAUCCCACAGACACCUUUCUUCCAACUCUAAGACUUGGUUUUGACAAAAGAACCAACCAGAGUUGGUCCAUCCAAUCUUGGAAAACAGAUGAUGACCCAGGAUCAGGUGCUUACACUUUGAAAUUCAGCAACAUUGGGAAACCACAGUUGUUCCUGUACCAGCAGAACACUCCCUUGUGGCGAGGUGGAUCGUGGAACGGUGAAUACUUUUCGGGUGUACCCAACAUGAUACGAGAUUUGUCGAGUUUGAACUUCUCUUUUGUAGAAGAUGACAACCAAGUAGUACUCUCAUUUGACCCUAUUGACAAGUCCCUCAUCAUUAGGCCAUUAGUUCAGCAACCAGGUUUCUUUCAAGCCUUCACUUGGGAUAACCAAAAUGAUCAAUGGAGCAGGUACUGGUCUGAGCCAGCAAAUCAAUGUGAUAACUACGGAACCUGUGGAUCAAACAGUAACUGUAACCCUUUAAACUUCGAUGACUUUCGGUGUACUUGUCUUCCCGGGUAUGAACCCAAGUUCCCAAAUGAUUGGUACCAAAAUAAAGAUACCUCAGGAGGUUGUGUGAGGAAUGAAGGUGCAUCCGUUUGUAGGAAUGGAGAAGGGUUUGUCAAAGUUGAAAGCUUGAAGCUUCCUGAUACCUCUGUGGCCAUUGUCCAAGCGAAUUUGAGUUUGGAUGAGUGCGAGAAUGAAUGCUUGAGAAACUGUUCUUGCACUGCUUAUGCUGUUGCUGAUGUGAGAAAUGGUGGAAGUGGGUGCUUGGCUUGGCAUGGGAAUUUAACUGACUCGCAAAUACUUAGUGGUCAAGGCCAAGAUUUAUUUGUGCGUGUUGACGCGGCUGAACUGGCAAUUUACUACAAUAAAACAGAAAGAACACACGGUAAAAGGAAGAUGCUUGCAAUUGUGGUAGCUUCUGUAUCUGCUGCAGGUGUCAUUCUCCUCCUCUGUUGCGUGUACUACCUGUGGAAAAGAAAAGGCAAAGGAGUUUGUGGCAUUGUUACAGACAGGGGUGACUGUGAAGACAGUCUCUCCGAUAAAAUGAUGCAGCAUUUUAACCAAGACUCCCUUACAGAGGAGAACGAUGUUCAAAGCAAUACACAUCCAAAUCUUCCCUUUUUUAGCUUUAAAGUCAUAAUGACUGCCACAAGAAAUUUUAGUGAUGAGAAUAAGCUUGGGCAAGGUGGUUUUGGUUCUGUCUAUAAGGGCAGCCUAGUGGAUGGACAAGAAAUAGCAGUCAAAAGGUUGUCUGAACAUUCAGGUCAAGGAACAGAAGAGUUUAAAAAUGAAGUUAGACUACUAGUUAAACUCCAACACAGAAAUCUCGUGAGGUUACUCGGUUGUUGCUUUGAAAAGGAAGAAAGGAUGCUGGUUUAUGAGUUCCUACAAAAGAAGAGCUUGGACUUCUUUAUAUUUGAUGAAAAUCAAAGGUCAUCAUUGGCUUGGGGUAAGCGCUUUGAAAUCAUUUUGGGCAUUGCUCGAGGUAUUUUAUAUCUUCAUCAAGAUUCAAGACUAAAAAUAAUUCAUAGAGAUCUAAAAGCCAGUAAUGUUCUUCUUGAUGCCGCAAUGAAUCCCAAAAUCUCAGAUUUUGGAAUGGCUAGAAUAUUUGGAGAAGAUCAAAUACAAGCUAGAACGAAUAGAGUUGUUGGAACAUAUGGUUAUAUGGCACCUGAAUAUGCAAUGGAAGGACGGUACUCAACAAAAUCUGAUGUGUUCAGUUUUGGAGUUUUACUAUUAGAGAUUAUUGUUGGGAAGAAAAAUACAAAUUAUGAAAUUGGAAGAGCCUCCCCAAAUUUAAUUGGACAUGUGUGGAUACUUUGGACAGAAAGCAGGGCCUUGGAUAUAGUUGAUUUUACAUUGGACCCUUAUCCUCCUGAUCUGGUUCUAAGGUGCGUUCAUAUUGGACUCUUGUGUGUGCAAGAAAAUGUCAUUGAUAGACCAUCCAUGUCGGAAGUUGUUUUCAUGCUAGGCAAUGAAAUACCUCUUCCCCCACCCCAAAAGCCAGCAUUUUUAUUCAAUGGGAACCAAAAUUUGCCAGAGUCAUCGAUAUCUGCAGGAGGAUCUUCAAUGAAUGAAGUAACAGAAACAACCAUCAGUGCUCGCUAA